AUUAUCAAUCGUUAAAUGCCAAACUUGACUAUAUAAAAAAUAAUAAUUUAGCAGGAAUUGCGAUUGCGGACAUCACCAAAGAUUCGAAAGAUUUACAAUUGACGAACUUUAUUUUGGGAAAUCAAACUAAUAAUUCGGGAGGGAAUGAAACUUCAACCUCUUCAUCUACCGAUAUAGCUGCAAUAGUGGGUGGUGUAAUAGGCUCCAUUAUUUUUGUUGGCGCAUUAGUAGCUAUUGGCAUCGUAUUGUAUCGAAGAAAACACAGAGCGAAAACGUCUAAUCCACUCAUAGAUACGAAUAAUCAGACUUGCUCUGAUACAAAUCCUCAGGUUUACUCUGAUAUAAAUCGUCAGGUUCGUCCAGACACAAAUAUUCGGAUUUACUCAGAUACAAAUCAUAAAGCUUAUUA